CGGAUAUCUGGGAUUUUAAAGCGAUUCAAAGUUAUGCAAAUUAUUCAAAAUAAGUUUCGUGCAAUUAUAAUUAAAGAUCAUUAAUAUGCAUAUUGCCGUUCAUUGUUUCGUAACCCGAUCAGAGGAUUGACUGCAAUUAUUUAGCCAUUGGCAUGUUUUCGCUCAUUUCAAUGGGGAAAUCCUCUCGUAGCUUAUUCACAAAAAUAAAUUUUGCAUCAUCGGAUAUAGCUUUGUGAACAUAGCUACUAUCAGCUAUGUCGGCGUUUACAAUGACGUGUGUCGCAUUAUGCGUAUUUUCAUCACUGGUCCUCGGUGCUCAAAGUGACCGUGCACACGGCGCUUUGGCUCAUCGUGGUCAUCGAGGACAUGACCACCACGGACAUCGUCACCACGGACACCACAGAGAACAUGGUCAUUUAGGACACCACAGACACGAGUCUCACGACCAUGGCGUUCACAGACAUCAUGGAUCUCAUAGACACGGUCUUCACAGGCACGUCGCUCACAGACAUGGUGUGCAUGGACAUGGUGCUCACGGGCAUAAUAUUUACGGCGAUGGUGCUCACGGACAUAAUAUUCACGGCCAUGGUGCUAACGGACAUAGUGUUCACGAGCAUGGUGCUCACGUAAACGGCGCUCGUGUUCAUGGUGCUCACGGACACAGAAUCCACGGUCAUGCUGCUCACGGACAUAAUAUUCACGGACAUAGUGCUCACAGACAUAAUGUUUAUGGGCAUGGUGCUCAAGCACACGGCGCUCAUGGACACGAUGCUCAUGGACAUGGCGUUCACGGACAUGGUGCUCACGUUAAUGAACAUCAUCAUGGACACCACGAGAUCUCCCACAUUGAUUUCGGAGACGGUCACCCACAUGUCAACCAUGGCCCGAAUGGGGCUGUCAUCAAAUCUCCAGAAGGACUUAUACUUGGAGAUAAUGGUGGUUAUGUCGAUGCCCAAACUGGCCUCAUCGACAUGAUCAUGAUGCCCAUCUCGAACACGAACACCAUACUCAUCGACAUGGCCAUGGACAUGAUGCUCACGGUCAUGGUGCCCAUAUUCAGGGCCAUCAUGGGCACCAAGCCAAUGGGCACGGUCAUCAUGGUCACGGACACGAUGUUGACCAUCACGACAUUCAUGGGCAUACCAAUCAUGCACAAGGCCAUCACAGACACAGCACUCACGUCCACAGCGUCCAUGGGCAUGACAUUCAUGGUCAUGGAGCCCAAGGACACGGCCUUCACGGACACGGCGCCAAUGGACACGUCGCUCAUGGGCACGACCUCCUUGGACAUGGCGCUCAAGGACACGGCGUCCAUGAACACGCUGCUCACAGACACGGAGCCCAUGGACAUGGCGCUCAUGAACAUGGCGGUCACGGACACGGCGUUCAUGAAUAUGGCGCUCAUGGACACGGCGCCGACGGCGUUCACGGACACAGCGCUCAGAGACACGGACACGGGGCGCAUGGACACGGUGCUCACGAACACGGCCAUCACGAACACGGCGCUCACGGACACGGCGCUCAUGGACAUGGUGCUCACGAACACGGCCAUCACGAACACGGCGCUCACGGACACGGCGCUCAUGGACAUGGCGCUCACGGACACGGCCUCCAAGUGUACGGCGCUCACCGACACGGCUCUCAUGGACACGAUGCUCAUGGACAUGGAACUCAUGGACACCGUUCACACGGACACGGGGCUCAUGGACAUGGUACUCAUGGACACGGAGCUCACGGACACGGCCCUCACGGACAUGCUACUCACGGACAUGGGACUCACGGACACGGUGCCCAUGGACAUGGCGCUAACGGACACGGUGCCCAUGGACAUAACGCUCACGAACACGGCCAUUUUGCUAUUGCUAGUCAUCAUGGUCGAUAUUAACACAAGUUUGUGA